GCUUCCUGAGUUUUUCUCUGUAUUUGUAAACUUAUGAAUUGAUAGUUGCCUUUGAUUAUUUUAUUCCAUUUUUUUAGUGACUCUUUUUGUUCAUUUGAAGCCAUUUUGCUUCUUUCUGUACCAUUCGGUCAAACAUGAUAUUGCUUCCAAAUUGAUGUUUGACUUGAAGCUACAAACAGUAAUGGUGGUGAAGAGUGUUGUUGAUGUUGUUUUCAAGGAUUGUGUUAUCUAUGCUAUUGUUCUUAUAUGCAGCCUUUCAUUUGUGCGUUCCUGACGAAAGAGUUUCUUUUACUUGCUUUGAAUUUUGAACCCUUUUUUUUACUUUUGUUUAUUGAAUUUGGUGGUUUUUUGAAUUAUCACUUGUUAUGGAUUAUGAAAUAUUAGUUCUCUGAUUUCGUUCCAUUCUGUGUUAAUUUGAUUGUUUCUUGCUCUAUAUUGAAGUCAUUUUGUAUCUAAACAUUGUUAUGUCUAAUCAUUUUGGUAAGUUAUAAUCAAUAAACAUAGAAGAAUGUGAAAAAUUAAUUAAUUUAUUUUUCAUGGAAAUGAACAAUAUAUAUUUGGAGGGAAUAAUGGAAAGGAACAUAAUUGGAAUGAGUAGAGAAGUUGAUGAGCCUGUUUGCGGCGUAGGUGUCUGUGAUGAAGCCAGUGAGGAUCAUUUGCAACAGAAUCUGCUUGAAUUGGUUCAGCAUUGGCAAUUAUGUAACUUUGUCUCUAAGAUGGAGAGGUUUAUGGUUGGAGUUAAAGUUAGUCUUCUCACAUGUUCCACCAACAUCACAGAUACAUCCAAAAUAUGAUUGCUGUAAAGACAUACAGGGGGCAUAAUAACUUUUGUUAAGAUAUAACAAAUAAUAUAUAUUUAUGGGUUAGUUUAAUGGAUUUUCAAGUGGGAAUAGUAAGUGAAGGUGUAGAGGAUGUAUCGGUGAUAAGUGAUUGUGUAAUGGUGGGAAUCUUUUCUAAGCUGGAAUGGGAAGAAACAGACUGGUUUUGACUUUGAGAAAUCAUUUGGUGCAUGGGAAGCCGCAAGGCCUAGAUAUCCAAGGAGAAAUAUUCUUCUUGUCUUCCUGCCAUCACACUUGUACAUCAUCACUUUACUCUUUCUUCAUUCACUUCUCAUCUUGCAAGUCAUCUUCAAUCUUCAUACAAAUGAUCCCACAACAAGAAUCCGACUUUGAUCACAAUUAUCUCAAACCUUAUUACGGAAAGCUGUUUCCUUUUGCUGAUAUAUUUAAAUGGAUGACUUAUGGCCACGAUGGGAAACAUCCUGGUUGUGAUCAAUCUUACUUUGGAAGAAGGGAAUUUUCCUUCACUCUGAAAGGGGAUUUUUAUCUGCGGUUCCAAUCUUUCAACAAUGCCCUUGAGCUCGAAAACUCCAUCAAGGAAAAAUGCCCUUUAAAGAUUGACAUUGGACCUGUUUACACAGUCGAUCCUGCAAAAAGGCAUGCCUAUGCACAGGGUGAUAAUAAUGUCUUUGCUCCAGUUGAGAGGGAGUUGAUUUUUGAUAUAGAUAUGACAGAUUAUGAUGAUGUCAGAUACUGCUGCAGGGGUGCUGAUGUUUGCUUGAAUUGCUGGCCAUUGAUGACCAUAGCCAUCAAAGUGAUCGAUACUUCCUUAAGAGAUGACUUUGGUUUUAAGCACAUACUCUGGGUCUAUAGUGGACGCAGAGGUGUUCACUGUUGGGUCUGUGAUGGGAAGGCAAGAAGGUUGACUAAUGAGCAAAGAGCUUCUAUUGCUGACUAUUAUCGAGUUUACAAGGGCAAUGAAAAUAGUCAUAAGAAGGUUUCUUUGAUGGGUGCUGCUCUUCAUCCUUUCUUGGCGACAUCAUACACCAACGUUCUCAAGGACUAUUUUGAGAAAAUACUGCUUACAAGUCAAAACCUACUUGCUACUGAGGAGAGAUAUGAGAAGAUCCUAAGCAUGAUUCCUGACGAAUCUAUUGCUUCUGAACUUAGGGGAAAAUGGCAAGACAGUAGGCGGUCCUCUAGUGCAAAAGAAGAUAUUAAUGUCGUGCGGUGGGAACAGUGCAAGCAGUUGCUGCAAUCCGGAAAACAUAAGGCACAAGGGUUGCGUAGGUGUGUUGAAGAAAUUGUGUUCUUCUUUACUUACCCCAGGCUAGAUAUGGAGGUUUCAAAACAUAUGAAUCAUUUGCUUAAAGCACCUUUUUGUGUACAUCCAAAAACAGGUCGUGUCUGUGUCCCUAUUGACCCGAAUCAGUGUGACGAGUUUGAUCCUACUACAGUACCCACCCUAUUCCAGCUUUUAGAAGAGCUUAAUAAUGAAGGCUUGAGAGCUGAUGUUAACGGUGAAUGGAAUGGAACUUCGCUUGGAAAUGCCAUUACGCUUUUCAGAUCAUCAUUCUUAGAACCCUUACAAAAAGCCUGCAAGGAGGAGAUAGAACGAUCCUAUAAUUUAAAGUUGCAGCAGUCAAAGAAUUCCGUAGGUUGGUAGUGCAAUAUAUUCUUGAUUGGUCAUGUAGAGCUUGAGGUCAAAUGAGGUCACAACAAUUGUAGUUAGACACAAUUAAAGGAUGAAAUGUUCCUUGAUAUUACUCAAUUAUUAAGAGGCCCUCUGUUUCCUGUUUGUAUUUUUCUAGAAACUACAACCUCUGUUUUGAUUCUGGUGAGAGUAAGGUUUCAAUCUCGGUUGUAUAUAAGUUGGAUGAAAUGCUUAGGUACUUUUAUUUAUCUGUAUGAUAUUUGACACUAAUGUAAUACUUUCUAUUCUGUCUCAUUUAGAUUAUUUGACUUAAA